AUGAGAGCGUCCAUUCCUUACUUAGUUGCCGCACUGGCUGCGAGCGUAAAUGCCAAAGACGAAGGAACAUACGCAAUCCUACGAUUUAACAAUGUAGCUGGUCAAUUCUCUACUCAGGGGCAAAUGGACCCCAUUGUGAGUCCCGGUGCCAAGUCAGCGCAUAUGCACGGCAUAAUGGGAGGAAGCAACUUCAACCUCACCGUCUCCGGAGACCAACUCUUGAAAUCUAAGUGUACUAACGCGAAGAUCCUCAAUGACAAGAGUAACUACUGGGUCCCUACUCUAUGGUUUCAAUCUCCUGCCAAUGGUACUUUAAAGAAGGUCCCAUUGUAUUACAUGAACGCAUACUACAAGUUCGAUGCCACCAACGAUCAGAUUAAGGCCUUCCCACCAGGUCUCAAGAUCGUUAGUGGCAAUGCCACAAGAAGAAACCCGCCAGCUACAGGCGCCUUCCAACUCGACCCAACUAAAGGGGCAAUACAACCAGUCCAAUGGACCUGCCCCACUCAAAACAACAACGUCGCGCGGUACCCACCAAAUUCCGACGGGACGAAAGCGGGACUACCCGACCCGGGGAAUCUCGGUAGUGGGGCCGGGUUUCCGGUAGUAAACUGCGACGGAAAUUCCUCGCCCCUGAGACAGGACAUCCACAUGCCGUCCUGCUACAACCCCAAAGCCGGAAUCAACGAUUACAAGAACAACAUGGCGUGGCCGACCCCCACCAGUGGCGGCAAAGCAGACUGUCCCAAAGGCUGGACGCAUGUCCCCCAUCUAUUCAUCGAAGUCUACUACGACACGCCCCAAUUCCAAAACGCGUGGGACCCGAACGGCAAGACGCAGCCGUUUGUGCUAUCGAAUGGAGAUAGGACGGGGUACAGCGCUCACGCGGAUUUCAUCUCGGGGUGGGACCAGAAGACGCUUCAGACGAUUAUUGACGGGUGCAAUGCUGGGUUCAACGGCAUGGACAAGUGUCCGAAUAUACCGGGCGGUCUCAAUACUGAGACGUGCCAGAUGCCUUCGGCGUUCCCGGGACCAACUGCGGAGUGGGUGAAGCAGCUUCCUGGUAACAAUCCUUUGUCUGGUUGGGGGGUGUGA